UGCUGUGGGCGGGGCCUGUGCGGGACUCUGCUCGGGGUGCACGCUGUCACCAGCUUCCAGUCUCGCCGGAGCGCAGCCCCUUGACUGGCACCUUUCAUUGCUUCCCUGUGAGGCUGCUGUUUCCUCUGUCCGUGUGCCCGCCUUUCUUCAGGCUGGACUCCCUCACGCAGUCAGUCAUGCUGCUGCUGGCCGCCGCCUUCUUAGUGGCGUUUGUACUGCUGCUGUACAUGGUGUCUCCGCUCAUCAGUCCCAAACCCCUGAAGCUGGCAGGUGCCCAUGUUGUGGUGACCGGUGGGUCCAGUGGUAUUGGCAAAUGUGUUGCAAUUGAAUGUUUCAAGCAAGGUGCUUUUAUUACUUUGGUUGCUCGUGAUGAGAGCAAACUAGUUCAGGCCAAAAAAGAAAUUGAAAAGCAUGCCAUAAAUGAUAAACAGGUAGUGUUGUGUAUAUCUGUUGAUGUGUCUAAAGAUUACAGACAAGUAGAAAACGUCAUAAAACAGGCUCAGGAAAAACUUGGUCCAGUGGAUAUGUUGGUGAACUGUGCUGGAACAUCAAUAGCUGGCAAAUUUGAGGAAAUCGACAUUGAUCGUUUUUCAAGAAUGAUGGAAGUGAAUUAUUUGGGCAGUGUGUACCCCAGUCGUGCAGUGAUCUCUACUAUGAAGGAGAGGAGGAUGGGAAGAAUUGUAUUUGUUUCAUCACAGGCCGGACAGCUGGGGUUAUUUGGUUACACCGCUUACUCUCCAACAAAGUUUGCACUCCGAGGCCUUGCAGAAGCACUACAAAUGGAGGUAAAACCGUACAAUGUUUAUGUGACUGUUGCUUAUCCUCCAGAUACUGAUACACCUGGGUUUGCAGAGGAAAAUAAGUCUAAGCCUUUGGAAACUAAGCUCAUUUCUGAGACCUCAAGCCUUUGCCAACCAGACCAAGUGGCCAAAGUGAUCGUUAAAGAUGCUGUACAGGGUAAUUUCAACAGUUCUGUUGGUUCAGAUGGGUACAUGCUGGCAUCGCUAACGUGUGGUAUGUCACCUGUCACCACUAUAACCGAAGGCCUGCAGCAGGUUGUCACAAUGGGACUUUUUCGAACAAUUGCAUUGUUUUACCUUGGAAGUUUUGACAGCAUUGUCCGUCGCUGCAUGAUACAAAGGGAGCACUGUGAGAAAGAAGCGAAAACGGACUGAAUUUUAACUGCCAAGAACUUAAUUCAUAUGCUUGCUGCUAGAGAGCACACGACCCUCCCGCUCACGUCGUCUACUUUACCCAACAUGGCACUUAUAUGUGUAAAGAUCAUGAAAGUGCAUUUUUGAUAACUGUUUGCUGGCAACCAGCAUGAUACUAUGCAAACUGUCUUGAAAGGCCUAUACUUUUAUUUUUUUCCAAGUGACUUUUGUUUCAGAAGAAAAACAAGUGACCUGGAUGUUGUGCAUACUGCGCUACUUCACUCACCAUGUUUGCCCCAACUGCCUACCCUUCUGUUCUUUUGGAGUCGCUAUUUUGUAUGUCCAAUAAGUUGUCCUGACCUGAUCCAGGACCCAAGUUUGUGUCUUGUAGACCAGUGACAGAGUUUAGUCAAGUUGCUGGUGUGCAGAGUAAGAAAGUUAUGGUCUGUCCACCCUCUCGUGCCUGAAAAAGAUGGCUCUGGAAACCAGUUUUCCAGAGCCCAGUGUCUGUGCUGUGACGGUCUGUUGUUUGUCAAGGGUAUGGUCUUCUUCACCUGGUAACUUGGGAGGUAGUCUAACUCUGGAAAAAAAAAAAACAAUGGCAACUAUAUCACGUGCAUGCGUAAAAAGA